AUGGGAAACACGCCAGGACCAGACUCGAGCCCAGACGAUGAGGCCGGUCUGGCCCGCAAGCGACCGCGCAGUCCCGAUCCCGAGAUUGAGCCUGAGCCUGGCCACGUGCCCAAGAAGCCGCGCCACACCUCGUCCAUCUCCAAGACCGCCUCCAAGACCACCAAACCCGCCCGCUCGUCCAAGAAGCGCGCCCACAGCCCAGAUGGCGACGAUUCCCUGGGGCCAGGGGGCGAUGGGGGCGACGUAGCCAGGAAGCGGCGUCGUCCUAAGCAGGAGCCAGAGCAGACUUCGUCACAGUCGCGGAGAUCUGCCGUCCAAUUCCUGCCAACACCGCCACCACCGCCACCUGCAGCAUUGCUGGACCAGGAGCAUUCCCGGAGUGUAGCCCACAUCCAGAGGAUCCGCUCCGGCCUCCAGGACAUUGAGAGGAGGCUUGCGCGCUUGGCGAAGCUGUGUGAGGCUGACCGAGAGAGUCCCUGA